AUGUCUGAAUACGGCUCUUCCCAAUUCCUCUCGCGCGGACUGAAGAUCUUCGCCGUUUUCUCCAUGUUCACCGGAACAGUUGAUCUGAUUACCGGACAUAAACUCGUUAUACCCGAAUCAGAGCGAGCUCUCCUCCCAACCCCAACCCUCGCCUUCGUGGACAACCAGCUUCGAUUCUUGGGAGCCAUCUGGAGUGGAUAUGGAAUGAUUCUCUGGUGGGCGAGCAACAAUCUCCAGGCGAGAAAGGUUCCUCUUUCCUUGCUUGGAACUGCCAUGGUAAUAGCCGGUAUUGGUCGCUUGACCUCGGGGCUGACUCUGGGCUGGACUCCAUCGUGGCUCAAGAUUGCUACUGCUGCGGAGCUCAUCGUCCCUCCUUUGAUCUACCUGUUUGGAUUCUAA